AUGCCUCCCAAGCGCAAAGCAACCUCAAGCACGCCCUCGGAAGCCCCUGCAUCCAAGAAGACAGCCUUCGAUGCCUUGCAACCAUCCGUCAAGUCCGAAGUCAAAGCCGAGCCUGAGACUCAGAUCAAGUCAGAGAAUGCACCAGACUACGAAGAUCAGAACCGCGAGAUCUUGGAAGAAAGAUAUGGAGUCAUACAGCGAGAGUUCUACCCAGCUGAGAUGUCUAAUGAGCGCUGUGCUCGCUACAACGCCAACGAGAUUCCACGACCCAUUGAGGUGCUAACUCAGGCUGUUCAGAAGACGGCUUUCGAGCGCAAGAAGAUCGAGGUUGGAAAUGCUGUGGUGCACUGGUUCAAACGUGAUCUGCGCACAAAAGACAAUCGUGCUCUGCACCUGGCAAGCGAAAAGGCGAAAUCAAAGGGUGUGCCCUUGAUCUGCUUGUUCAUUGUCAGCCCACAGGACUACCAGGCUCACUUGACUGCGCCUGUACGUGUUGAUUUUGAGCUCAGGACGCUGCAAGUUCUCAAGGACGACUUGGCCAAGAAGGAUAUUCCUCUGUACGUCGAGACAGUUGAGAUACGGAAGAAUGUUCCAGGGCGCAUCAUCGAGCUAUGCCAGAAGUGGGGAGCUAACCACAUCUUCUGCAAUAUCGAGUUAGAGGUCGACGAGCUGAGGAGAGAAGCCAGCUUGACAACCUCGUGUCUUGAGAAAGGCAUUGAUUUUCAUACGGUUCACGACGAUGUUGUUGUUCCACCAGGCGAUCUCACAACUGGACAAGGUAAACAAUUCUCGGUCUACACUCCCUGGUACAAAGCUUGGGUACGACACAUUCACGCAAAUCCUACUAUACUAGACGAAUUUGCUUCUCCAGAACAGAAUCCUGCGUCAGCGCGUGAGAAAUACGCAGACGUGUUCGAAACGACAAUACCUUCGACUCCUGAGAACAAGAAGCUUAGCGAAGAGGAAAGGGAGCGCUUCAAGUCAUUGUGGCCGCCAGGUGAGCAUGAAGCUCUUGAGCGCCUCAACAAGUUCCUGGAGAAAAAGAUCAACAAGUACAAAGAUGCAAGGAACCUACCAGCUGCGAACAGUACCGGCGUUAUAUCUGUGCAUUUGUCGACUGGAACUCUUUCUGCAAGAACAGCCGUCAGAAGUGCUCGCGGUAUCAACACGUCCAACAACCUGGACGCUGGCAAUGAAGGCAUCAAGACAUGGAUCUCCGAGGUUGCAUGGCGAGACUUCUACAAACACGUGCUAGCUCACUGGCCCUACGUGUGUAUGUCAAAGCCUUUCAAAUACGAAUACACAAAAGUGAGGUGGGAGUACAACGAUGAACAAUUCACUCGUUGGUGCGAAGGCAGAACGGGCUUCCCCAUCGUCGAUGCAGCUAUGCGUCAGAUCUUAUCGAUGGGAUAUUGUCACAAUCGCACCAGAAUGAUCGUCGCCAGUUUUCUUGCCAAAGACCUUUUGCUCGACUGGCGCAUGGGUGAGAGAUAUUUCAUGGAACAUCUGAUCGAUGGAGAUUUUGCCUCGAACAACGGUGGGUGGNGGUUCGCUGCAUCUACAGGUGUAGACCCACAACCCUACUUCCGCGUCUUCAACCCGCUGCUGCAGAGCGAGAAAUUCGACGAGCAAGGCGAGUACAUCAGAAAGUGGUUGCCGGAGCUGAAGGACAUCGAGGGCAAAGCGAUUCACGAUCCUUAUGGAAGGGGAGCAGGGAAGGAAGCCGAGAAAGCUGGAUACCCUAGACCGAUGGUCGAUCAUAAGGUCUGCAGGGAUCGAUGUCUUGCGCGAUAUAAGGAAGGUCUAGGCAGGAAUACUGCUUGA